GUUUGGCAACCAGGUCCCCCGUCAAGAAAUCACACAAAAAAUUGACUGCGCGAUAUACUGAGGUUACGACGACUAUGACUGCCAGCUAUCAGCAUGAGCGCCUCGUUACUCUUGCAGCUAGUCCUCACCGGCACUCAAACUCACUACGAAAGCCCAGGGUUGAUCGAUGAGAAGAGAUUGGAGCACCUGUUGAUCGCUGGUAAACAAAUUCUCUACAAGUCGCAUCAAGAGAGCGAUGUCCGAUCUGCGCUGGGGUUCAACCCUCGAAUAUGGGAGGGCCUGACAACAGUCCUGAAAUACGCCCUCCCGGCCCUGGAACAACAGUCCUUCACCUACAAGCACCCUCCGCAUCUAGGCUUUGGCGGCAGCAGCUCCGAACUCAUUGCAGCUCAUUACCUCAGCCUUGUCAAGGACAUCGAACGCUUGAAUGAUCUCUGUACCAUCGCGCGCAAUCUCCUUGCUACCACCAAAAAGGCCCAGAAUCUCGCGGCCGAGAAAGGAUUCGACCAACAGAUCCUGAGGCUCAUCGAUGUCUGUGUUAAGGUCACAGCUCGGGGUUUCGACGGUGAGGCGAACCCUCGGAAUGAGGAGAGAUGGCAAAAGGUGGUGAAUCUGUACAAGAGGCUGUUGAUCACCUGUCUGCAGUUCUUGCACAAUUUUAUCAUGCACAAUGAGCAGCGAAAAUUGGUUCUGUGGCUGGAUCUGUUCGGUCAGUCCCAGGCAAAUGAGUUUGACGACCAAAGCAGUCAACCAGACCAGCAGACGGUCGAAGAUGAAGGCAAAGACCACGCUGCCAAGCAAGACAGGAUUAGGUCAACCGUCGAGAAACUACCGCGAAGAGUGGGUCGACUUGCGAUGGAAGGAGAUGACCCGGGGUACAAUAUUGACGAUGUCCAUGCUCUGUUUGACCUGAUGAGCACCAACAAGGAGCCGGACGAGCAGACUCAAAAGGCGGCCAAGGUGCUUAUGGACAAGAUCAGAUCUGACAUGGAAACCCUGUCCGGUAUGAACGCGAAUCAACUGGAUGAUAGCCCGGAUGUGCUGUUGAAAGUAGGAGCGGAACUGCGUGCUUGGUUACAGACCAAGGAAGACGUUGCUGCCACCGAGACCCAUUCUUCGCAAGUCAAGCAGGUUGCCGAGAAGAUCAUGGCUCUGACCCAGGUCAAUGGCUACAAACCUAGUGGCAAAGCACGAGAUUCGCACUGGAGCGAUCUACCCGAGCCCGGUUCGUAUGGCGACCUGAAUGAGUCCGCCCAGGAUUUGACAGCAGAAGAUCUCAGCAUGCCCCGAACCGCCCAGUCUGCGGCUGCCACGUUGAAAGAGGCAAAGGACGAACUCAUGGCUCGGUUGCAUCCGCGGCCUCCUCCCAUGACCGAUUACGACGGACCGGAAUAUGACGACGAUGUCGAUCCGGAGGAAUAUGAACUCGAGGAUGACGAAGACGAUCUCAUCAGCGUUGGAGACAGUAUGGAAGACGACGAUUACCGUGGUUCAGGGGAUCAAGAACGCGGCCUCCUUACCGAUGUUCCCCUCGUCCUUGGGCCGACGGAAAUCGAAGCAUUACCUAUGAUCAUCCAGGCAGGCAUUGUGGACAAUUUCGGCUCGAAGAACGGUACUACUGCUCAUCAGCAGGGUCUUAAAAAUAUGCAAGCGGUUCGCUGUCACAUCUUGCUUGCUCAAGAAGCAGGACGUAACGUACUGCGGGAGUUGUUGAUAUUCAUCGCUGCGUGGGAUUUGCCGGAUGAUGAAUUCUACUUCAAAAUGAUGGUGCAGAUCAUGGAAGCCAUCCUGAAGAACGGGUUGAUGCCCCACGCGUAUGCGGACUUUGGGCAACCCAAAGACAUCAUCUCCCCGGCGCAAGCUGUUGUCAUCAAGAUUCUAACACACAUCUUCCGCGCGAAAUAUAGUCCUCCUUCAGCGGCGCAGCAGCAACAGAAUGCGACGGGCGAACAACCACCUGCAGCACCGCAGCAGAAACCUCGCCCAAGUCCCUCCCCGCUCAGCCGUGUGGAUGUCCUCACCGUCCGUUAUAUUUUCAUUGUCUUCCGAGGCAACAUCAUCCCUGAAACCUGCGCCCUUAUCUACCUCCAAGGCCAAAUUCGCGCUGGCCUCGCACUUGCAGAGGACUUCCCCCUGAACUUGUGGGACAUGGAACGUGUGUACGAAGGCGUGUACCAGUUUCUGGAAUUCUUUGCAGUACUCACGGAGAACAAUGACUGGAAGAAGUUGUUGGUACAGUGGGAGAUUGUGUAUGAUUUGGUGACAUUGAUAAAGGAGCUGGAUCAAAGUAUUGCGAAAGUCGGAUUAACGCAAUCGAUGCCUCCUCCAGCGACAGGUGCGAAUGGGAAUGGGAAUGUAAAGGUGACGAAUGGAAGUGAACCACCAAGCACAGCCGGGGUCGAACUUCCGGAGCAAGCAUCAACACUUCCUGCGCACGUUGCCGUCGAAAGACCGUACGAUACUGGCGUCACGGAGGAAGCAUCUGCGCAACCGAAUGGCACACCAGCAAUCGCUGAAUCGCUCCCACAACCGCCGAAUGACCUACCUUCACCGUCACCCCCUGCGCAAGCCCCUCCCGCAGCCACAACUGUGACCGAGGAACCGGCAGAUUUCGAAUGGCGUAACCUCAAGAAACUGAUCGUGCUGGUGCUGUCGAGUUUGGUGUGGAAGUCGCCGACAGUGCAAAAUCAGAUCCGGGAGUAUGGGGGAGUUGAGACGAUCCUGAGUUGUACAACCUACGACGCAUGCAACCCCUACAUUAAAGAACACGCCGUGAUGUGUCUCAAGUUCCUCCUGGAGAACAAUCCCGAAAACCAAGCGCUUGUUUCUUCCCUCGAGGCCAGAGAGAUUGUCCCUCCGCCCGGUGAAAAGGACGCAGAGAUUGUCCGGGAGACGACCGAGCGGCUGGGGCUGGAGGUGCGUCUGGGAAGUGACGGGAGGGCGAGGGUUGUCCGACGGGAUGGCGCUCCAGGACACAUGGCGAGAAGAGGAGUGGCUGCGGACAGAGGCCCGGGUACCAGGAGUGGGAGGAUCGAGGAAGUGGGAGACGACUAUGACGAGAUCGAGGCGUUGGGCUUGCCGGUCAAUGGAGACGAUGCUGCCGGCAGGGAUAAAGGGAAAGGCAAAGAGCGCGCGGUGGAUCUGGAUGUUGGCGGCGGUGGAGGCGAUGCUGAUGAUCAAGAGAUUGAAUUCAUGUGAAUGACCACCACUUGCGGCCGACAUAGAGGAUAAGAUGAGAGUAGAUAGCUGCUAGAGUAAACGGGAUUAACUGUACAUUGACCGAGGUAUGGUGAUAAUUCUAUGAAGCUACAUUUAACCUG